GAUCCAUAGAAAACAACCCAGCGAGCAGCAGCAAACCAUGAUCCAGCUCCAGCAGCGUGUUUAGCCUGCUCAAUUCAGCCGGACGUCGGACUUUCUGUGUUAUUUCUCUUCCUACCCGUAUCAUCAGAGGCAGCAGCGCAAUGGUGGAGCAGUCGGAUCGAGCCCCACUGCUGGACUGGGAGGAGAUCCCACCGCCCGAUCCGAACCAGGCGGGCCCGCCGCCGCCUGCCAGCAGCGACAACAGCACCGCCACCGCCACCACCACCAUCACCUGCAGCCCGUCUAGGAGUGUAACAGCUGUUGUUGCCAGCAGGGACGGAAGCCCCGGCCGUCCGCGUACAGAUCUCCGUGGGCACGGGUGGACUCGCCCGGAGCCUCUCGGCACAGAUCGUAAUGUUCACUUCCCCGGCCUCUCGGUGAGGGAUCAGUGGGAGGAAAAGGACCAGAUCGUGGCUGUGUUUGUGGUUACCUUUGAUACGAGAUCAGGGAAUAUGGUAGAGUGGUGCCUGCCUCACGACAUCAACCUAGAUGGAGUUGAAUUCAAGUCAAUGGCCAGCGGUUCCCAUCGGAUCACCAGUGACUUUAUAUAUUUCCGUAAAGGCUGUUACUUCGGGCUGGCCUGUUUUGCUAACAUGCCUGUGGAGAGUGAGCUGGAGCGAGGAGCGAGGAUGAAGUCUGUGGGAAUCCUGUCUCCCUCCUACACUCUUCUCUACCGCUACAUGCACUUCCUGGAGAACCAAGUCAGACACCAGUUGCAGUGUCCAGGCCAGUAUUCUCCACUGGAGGCCUUCUAUGAGGAUAAGAAGGCAGUUCUUCCACCUAUAGGAAACGGCCUGGUCACUGCUUGUCCAACCUGGAGUGUUACCACCAUCAACCGCUGCAUGCACCCAGAAAUGAAGAUCACCCAUCCAGCUGGCUGCAUGUCCCAGUUCAUCCAGUUUUUCGGGGAGCAGAUAAUGGUGCUGUGGAAGUUUGCACUGCUUAGGAAACGUCUUCUCAUCUUCUCCCCUCCUCCUGUAGGUGUUGUCUGUUACAGAGUGUAUUGCUGUUGCUCCCUGGCCAAUGUGUCUCUGCCUGGAAUUGGUGUCUCUGUGCCUGAAUUACGGCCUUUCUUCUACAUCAACAUAGCCGACAUCACUGCCCUGGAAACGGAGAUGUCAUACGUGGCCUGUACCACAGAGAAGAUUUUUGAGGAGAAGAAGGAGCUAUACGACGUCUACGUUGAUAACCAGAAUGUGAAAACGCACAGAAGCCACUUGCAGCCGCUGCUCCGACUGAAUGCGGCUGAUAAGGAGAAGUACAGGAAACUGAGUGAACAGAGACAAAUGUUGCUGUACUCUCAGGAGGUGGAUGGAGACUGCACGUCAAAUGAAGAGGAUCUUUUCAUUCUGUUCUUCAUGGAGCUGAAUAACCGCAUCUUCCAGACCCUGUCAGAUGUAGCAGGGAGCACUGAUCCCACCCUAACCACUGAGCACGUGAGAGCCAUGGGGCUGGAUCCCCAGGGCGAUCGCUCCUUCCUGGUUGACCUGCUGGAGGUGUACGGUAUCGACGUCACCCUGGUCAUAGACAACCUUUGUUGCCCCUGAACCACGCCC